AUGGUGAACACAGAAUCGAUCGCUACCAACGGUGCAUUAAACGAAAAUGAAGCUUCGUUGAAGGCUGAGAAUGGAAACGCAAAAGCAGAAACAAUUGUAGAAACAACAACCAUAAUCAAUGAUACUAAAAUUGGCUAUUGCAUUUACGGUUAUGGAGCGGUCAAGUUGCUGUUUAUCUGCGGUGGUGUCGGUUGCUACAAAAAAGAUUUUCCGGAACCAGUUUUAAGAGCAUUUGAUCCAAGUUUGUACACCAUUGUUUGCAUUGAUCCACCGGGUUACGGAACCAGUAGACCACCGGAUAGGAAACAGGAGGUCAACAGAUGCAUGAAAGAUGCCGUCUUUUGUAUUAAACUGAUGGAAUUUUUACACAUGACUCCGUUCUCUGUGCUUGGAUGGAGUGAAGGAGCACGAACUGCAGUUCAUGUCGCUGGGCAGGGCAAGCAGAUGGUCAGAAGUAUGGUCUUGUUGGCAGCUGGAACGCGUAUUGACAAUCGUGGAGCAGGAAUUUUCAGAGGAAUGCGGAAUACGAAUCAGUGGCUACCAGAUGCCUUGGAAGUUUACCUUCAGCAUUAUCCGAAGGAAUUUGUCACUAAGCAGUGGGCUGAUCUUUGCGAUGUCGUUCAACAAGUGUAUGAUCUUCUUGGGGGAAGAUUUCCAUCGGAUUAUGUAUUACCAAACCUUAAACUUCCUUCAUUGGUACUAACUGGCGGUAUGGACCGAUUUUGUAGUGAUCCCAAGUAUUUCGCCUCAGUGUUACCAAAUUGCAAGUAA